CAGCGCGUGGCCGCCAGAUGUCGCGCUCACGCCACUAACGCGCCUCGGUGUCAUGUUUCACCGCGAAUCCAGCAGGAACACACCGAACCGCGUUUGAACCACAUAAUCAAUAACUGUGCGCGAGCUCUGAUCAUCUGCUCGUAUCGACACGUCAGUAUGAGCGGAUCCGCGCAGGUCUCCAGCACACUCGGUCUUUCAGCUCCUGAAGACGCGUCUGGUGUUCUCCGAACGGAACGCUAAUUAUCGGCUCGUUACAUGUUGGCGUUUCCCGGUGUAGCAUCGCGGGUUCAAGCAAAGAAAAAACGCUGAGAGUAUAAAAAUACACAUCUAGUCAGACGCAUGUUGUCCCCGAGUUAAACGCUUAAAGCGCUUCGUGCUCAACCGGGGAAAACGGGAAACUGCAGCAAGAAUAAAGCAGCGAGAGCGCGAGGAAACCGGAGAGGAGGGGCGCGUGUGCGCGAGCGUUUCCUCUCCGCCGCAAGAAUCCAUAGAGAGAGAGAGAGAGAGAGAGAGAGAGAGAGAGAGAGAGAGAAGAAAGGAAAGCAAAGCAAAGGAAAGCAACAGCAGCUCCACGCCACUCCUUUGUUUUAGGAAAUCGCUUGAAUCUAUCGAAGGACUAGAAUGAUGCAUCGCGUUUCUCUCGCCGUUUUCCGCGACGCCUGUGUUUAAAGGCGAACUUGACGGUUUUGUGUUUUAUUUGGUUGGAAGAGCGCUUGAGAUCCGAGACCUUCGGACGCAUUACGCGUUUCCUUCGCGUUCGUCCUCCACGCGCUAGACUCGGUCUCCACCGUUUUCAGCUCCACGCCGAAGCUCGUUUGUGUUUCUGCUCGCGGUUCGAGUCUGUUGUUCGCGUCCAGGCCUCAGAUACUCGCUACUCUUCAAAGGCCUUUAAUGCGGCACGCGCGCGUCACAUUGUAACGGGUUUCCACGCGUCAGAUGAGCGUCGGUUCUGAUCCUCUGCAGAACUCCUCGUCUGCGUUAUUCGCUCUUCAUACGCAACAUCUGCGGCCCUCUUCAAUGUUAAUGUCGACCGACGUCGCAUCUGUGAUGCUGCCCGUGAGCCACGGGAUCCUGGAGCACGAGCGGGAUCUGGACUCCGGUUCGGCGGCGGCUCGGGGGAUGAAGCGCGGGGAUCCGGAGCCGGAGGGCGGCUUGGCGGCGGGGGAUUCGAUCGGGGCUGAAUGCAAACGAGCGCGGAUGGACGGUACCGAGGACACCGGACAGGCUUCACAGGACACGAUGGGAGCUGUGGAGGGUGUGGUGGCUCCGUUCUCCUCCUUCCCUCCUCCUCCGCCUCCUCCUCCUCAGAACGGCCUGGCGCUGGAGUUUGGGGCCGGCAGCAUUUACACCACAGGGGGCCAAACGGAGGCCCCUGCAGGGGUCAGCAGCACCCCCUCCUCUAACCCCAGCGCUCAAGUAAGUGCUAAAGCUCCUCGAGCAGAUGGUGACAUCUGAGCACUCACACCAUUU